AAAACGUCGGCCGGGUGGCCGGUGACAGUUGUCAGUAUGUUGUGGAGCACGGUAAGGGAUGGUGGUCUCGGGGGAGGACGGUUUUGGCGCUAAACACUUCGAUUUCCCGCGCUUUAUUGCCCACGUGGACUGUACUAUAAAUUAACUUUAUAAUGACACGUUGUUAUAGAACACUUUGAUAAGUUGAGAUAUUGUGCCGUCGAAAUGAACUCGUGUAGUUUUAUAAAUAAAACUUUGAACUCAUGAUUGUGUCGUGCCAUAUUGAUAAAUAUCUUCGUUCGUAUGACAAAACAAAUCAUCAACGGACACAUGUUUUCGCCGUCGUCGACGAAAGCGGCCUGGUGGCUGGCCACGUUUUUUAGUGUUUUUGUAACAGGUGAGAUGCCAAUCCAGGCGGAGUUGGAACCUGAGUUCCUUCAGGCUCUGGAGAACCACACAGUCACACAAGGACGCGACGUGCACUUCACGUGCGUCGUCAACCAUCUUUCUAAUUAUAGGGUGGCGUGGAUUAAGUCAGACUCGAAGGCGAUUCUGGCGAUACACACGAACAUGGUGGCGCUCAACCCUCGCCUGAGUGUCACGUACAAUAAUCACAACACGUGGAAGUUGCACGUCAGCAACGUGCAGGCGAACGACUCGGGCACCUAUAUGUGCCAAGUCAACACAGACCCUAUGAAAAGUCAGAUGGGUCAUUUAUCCGUGGUGAUCCCUCCGGACAUAGUGGACACUGUGACGGAGGGUAGUUCUGCGCAAGAGGGCGGGAGUAUAAGAUUGACGUGCACCGCAACUGGCGUGCCGCCACCGACCGUUUUGUGGAGACGGGAGCACAACCGACCCAUAGUGUUUAGACACGACGGUGGCAGGGAACGGAAAGUGGUGGACAGUCACAAAGGCGAGACCCUGGAGUUAGCGCACGUCCAGCGAACAGAUAUGGGAGCCUACUACUGCAUCGCAAGCAAUGGGAUCCCGCCCACCAUCAGCCGACGAUAUCACGUCGAAGUACAUUUCAUACCACAAGUGAAAGUGACCAAUCAACUAGUAGGAGCCCCGCUCGGCAGUGACGUGGAACUCCAAUGCUUCAUCGAGGCCUCCCCCAAAGCUAUGAACUCCUGGUACCGGGAAGACGGUAACUCGCUAUUAAGCGACAAAUUGACCGAGAACCCGAAGCUCCGUGUAUCAGAAACUAUAAUGAACGAGUACUCGCUGUGGAUAAACUUGACGAUAAAGUCUCUGGCGCCAGCCGACUACGGAACUUAUGUGUGCGCCUCUGUCAAUGCGCUCGGAAAGAUGGAGAGCCAAGUCAGUUUGCAUAGACUAGAACUAAGCAUGAACGGCUUCGGAGCCGAAGAGCCGAUGGUGUCGGGCGCAGCAUGGCAGCGCGCGCGCAACGCCCCCUCCCACCGCGCGCGUCCCGCAGCGUCUCACGCGCACCAGUACUUCCUUACACAACACCUACCACCACAGUUGUAUGCGCUACUACUUACCGUACUGCGAUAUAUACAUUCAUUCUAGAUUGUACUCAUUUAUAAGCGUAGUUUAUUUAAAAUUGACAAAUGAUGAAAAUUAAAAGACGAAAAUCUUGGAUUUAUUUCAUCAUGGUUCUGAAUAAAUUAUGCUUAAUAAUUGAGCAGUAGGUGCGUGCCAUUGAUUGUACAGAUUUAUAGAAAUGGCCCUAUUAACAUUUCGACUUUCACUUCUUUCACUUCCAGCUGAACUAUAUCUAGGUAUCAUAGACCAAGCAUACCAUUCUGAACAUCUGACCAAAAGUAUCUAUUUACCCAAUUUGUACUGCAAUCAGGUAAUGUUUAAUUUAAAUUCCGUAACUAUUAAUAAUAAUUGCUUCGCGAAAUAACUUUGAGUACGGAAUUAAAUAGGAUCCCUGUAACUACAUGUACAUUGCAGAGGUUUAUAUUACUGUUUAUUUACAACCUGAACAUUUUCAUGUAAAUACGUUACCGAAUAGUUUAGCUUAAUUUUCAGUUUUUUUGUUUUAUUUUUUAUGUAGCAUACUAUGAUUGAUGAAUAUAAAGGGUUCUUUAGACAGAAUGGUUCUACUACCUGUAAAAUAUGUUGUAUUGUCGGAUAUUACUAAACAAAACCAAAUAAAGACGUAUUGAUUCAAUAGGAACUAUGAUUAAAUAUCAGUAAUAAUAGCCAGAUUUUAUGUAAAAUCUAAUAAUAUGUAAUAAUCGAUUAAAAUAUUAACUGACUAGAAUAAGUUACAUUGUAAGCAACUAAUUAAAUCGUUAGGAACAUUUCGAUUGAUCGAUAUUCAUAUUGUUUUAAACCUAUCUUGGAAUCUUGUGCUAACGUUACGUUGACUUUGACAAUAAAUGUGUAAUUUAUGAAAUAUAAUAUUGAAAUAAAUGUCCUUAUGAAACCCUU